AGGAACAGAAAACAUGUGCUCAAUCAAAUUAUAUAUCGUGAACUCCUUCCUGGUAGGCCUGACUAUGGCUUACCCCAUGGACCAUCAGCAGUGGACCACGACCCUCCAGGGUUACCCCCCCGACCAGUGGUCACAGCAAGGGAGCCAGGGGCAACACGACCAGCAGCUCCAAGCAAGCGACUACUCAGGCCACGAUUACAGCGGUGACACCGGCGGCCUGUCAGAAGGUCAUGACUUCUCAGGCCACGACUUCGGCAGCCACAAUUUCGGAGGUCACGAUUUCUCCGGCCACAACUUCGGAGGUCACGACAUCAAAGCCCAGGCGUAUCCGGUCCACCAGCAUGUCCACGAAGAGAAUCCAGAACCCAUCAAACAUUACAAAGAAGUAGUGGUCCCUCUCCCCAAGAACGUAGAGUUCAAAAUCAAUCAGCCCAUUAUCAUACCUGUUCCACAUCCAGUUCCAAUUCACGUGCCCGUUCCAAAAGCCGUUGUUAUUCCUAUUAUCAAAGAAGUGUCUAUACCCGUUGAGAAAUCUGUACCGUACCCUGUGGAAAAGACAGUACAUGUUCCCAAGGUUAAGGAAGUACCAUUCGAAGUUGUGAAACAUAUAAUUGUACCCGUAGAAAAGCCUGUUCCAUUCAAAGUUCCAGUCUACGAAACUAUUAUACAUACAAAGAAAGGAUCCCAUAAGAUUUAAGAAGUUUCUAGUUGACACAGUUGAAUUAUAAACAUAC